UCGGGCCCGUGUGCAAGCCACAAGUUCAACGAACUUCUUCUUCGGUUCUUCCUCAACCUCAAUCAUUUCUGGCUGCCUGCUGCAGCUUCUCUGAGCCACCGAAACUCCCAUCCAACAACUACCAUGGCGUCUCUCUUAGCCAACGGCAUAUCUAGCUUCCCUUCGAAACCCAUCUCCGAUUCACCCAAGCUCCACAAACCCUUUUCAUCGAAGACCCUAAUUUCCAAGCCUCUCAGGACGCCCAACUUCCUCAAAGUCCGAGCAGAUGUCAGUUUGGAUCCAACCGCCACCAUCACUUCCGAUUCAGGUAACCUCCCUUCAACUUCCACCCUUAGCUCCGAUGAAAAAAUCAAAGAAAUCCUUCGUAAUCGCGAUUACAAGAAGAAAUUCGGGUUUACGAUGGAUAUCGACUCCUUCUCGAUCCCGAAGGGUCUUUCCGUUGAAACAAUCAGGUUGAUUUCCUCGCUGAAAGAGGAACCUGACUGGAUGCUUGAUUUCAGACUGAAAGCCUUCGAGAAGUUCCUGGAAAUGAAAGAACCGAAUUGGUCUGAUAAUCGAUACCCGCCGAUUAACUUCCAAGACCUCUGCUACUACUCAGCUCCUAAAAAGAAACCCACUUUGAAUAGCCUCGAUGAAGCUGACCCAGAGCUCCUUAAGUACUUUGAUAAAUUAGGCGUUCCCCUGAAUGAACAGAAUAGACUAGCGAAUGUUGCUGUUGAUGCUGUUCUUGAUAGCGUAUCAAUAGCUACAACUCACAGGAAGACUCUAGAAAAGGCUGGUGUGAUCUUCUGUUCAAUAUCUGAGGCAAUACAGAAGUACCCCGAUUUGGUGAAGAAGUAUCUGGGUAAAGUUGUGCCAAGUGAGGAUAACUACUACUCAGCUUUGAAUUCUGCAGUGUUUAGCGAUGGUUCAUUUCUCUAUAUACCGAAGGAUACAAAGUGCCCUAUGCAGGUUUCCACCUACUUUAGAAUCAAUGCAAUGGAAACGGGGCAGUUUGAGAGAACUUUGAUUGUUGCUGAUGACCGGAGUUUUGUUGAGUACUUGGAAGGGUGUACUGCGCCUUCUUAUGAUACUAACCAGCUUCAUGCUGCUGUGGUUGAGUUGUACUGUGCUGAGAGUGCUGAGAUUAAGUACUCUACUGUACAGAAUUGGUAUGCUGGCGAUGAGGAAGGGAGAGGUGGGAUCUAUAAUUUUGUUACUAAGCGUGGACUUUGUGCUGGGGAUCGAUCUAAGAUAUCUUGGACUCAGGUGGAGACGGGUUCUGCGAUUACUUGGAAGUACCCUAGUGUGAUCUUGGAAGGUGAUAGCACUGUGGGGGAGUUCUAUUCGGUUGCUUUGACUAAUAAUUAUCAGCAGGCAGAUACUGGGACUAAGAUGAUUCACAAGGGGAAGAAUACAAAGAGUCGGAUUAUAUCGAAGGGUAUUUCCGUUGGGCAUUCGAGAAACUGUUAUAGGGGUCUUGUCCAGGUUCUGUCAAAAGCUGAUAAUGCCAAGAAUUCAUCUCAGUGUGACUCGAUGCUUAUUGGUGAUACUGCUGCUGCCAAUACCUAUCCUUAUAUCCAGGUAGUGAAGAAUCCCACAGCUAGGGUGGAACAUGAAGCCACCACAUCCAAAAUCGGGGAGGAUCAACUGUUUUACUUUCAGCAGAGGGGAAUCGACUAUGAAAGAGCGAUGGCUGCGAUGAUUUCUGGGUUCUGCAGAGAUGUGUUCAAUGAGCUUCCCGAUGAAUUUGGGGCAGAGGUGAAUCAGUUGAUGAGCUUAAAGCUUGAAGGUUCCGUUGGUUAAGCAGCUGUUCUUCUCCAGAGUGCAGAGGAAUGGAUUCCUCUUGUUUUUGUUAAUAAAAAUUGGACUCUGAUGUUGUAGUAGUAGACUUUUGGUUUGUAAGUUGUAACUGUAUUGACACUACCCUUCCCUUUUCUUCCCCAUUUUCACCUUACCUUGUGUAGUCUUUUCUCAAAUAGCAUACGGACCAUUUACAAUCAGGGUAUACAAAAGUAAGCUUCUUUUUGUAAUCAUAAAUAAUUACAUGAUGUAUUUUCAUAUUUGUUCUCAUUGUAAAAAGAAGGAUAACUAAUUAAAGUUAUUGUUGAUCAAAAUGGGAGAAAGGGUCACUGAAGUUUGGAUUCACUAUACUUUUAUUUGACAAUAGU